AAAAAGUAAAAGCCCAUUCAUAUGCAUUGGUUCACAGUUUUAUCCAAACUUUUAUGAAAUAAUUGAAUACCUAGUAAAAGUUGUCAAAGAGCUCAGACUGGUGGUGAAGGUUUUUGUGAGGUUGCGAAGGAUCCUCCUCUAAAAAGGGACAGGCACAGGAAGAGAGGGGGCACUACAGUAACAGAUGGACUUAGAGGGAUUACAUGACUCAGGAUGGGUUUGUGACAUAAAUUCCCAAGAAAGACAGAAAAGAGAGUAGAGUGGCGUGGAGACAGACGCCCAAGCGCUCCAUCAGUCUUGCAUCUCCGUUCAAUUGUUGGCCAGGAGGAUUAAAGGGAGGAGGGCAGCUGGAGAGGUACGGAUCACUCCUGGAAGAGGAAAACUAGUGACAGAUACAGACGGAAAAGAUGAAGAGGGCGGUGACACGGAGGAUCGGUUCAAGAUGGAGCAACUAAAAUCAAGUUCUUAAGGAGCUUUUGAAGAGCUCUUUUAACAGGCAGAGAUAACUGAGGACUGUAGGUUUACAGGACGGCAAAGUGUUUUACUGAGGCAGUCACCUCAUGUUUGACCUGAAGUACUACAAGGGACAAGAAAGAGAUCUUUGGGGCUGAGAAUACAACAGGGAGACAUUGCACAAGAGAGAAAGAGAGAGACAGCAGACAUGGGUCCAGCGGUGGAGUUCAUAAUGAGCAGCAGGGUCAGGCCUCAGUGUGUUAAUCAGGACGCAGGAAGAUAUUAGCCGGGGUCACAGGAUAGCACAUGUUACUUCUUCCUCUUCCAUAACCCCUCCUUAUCAACACAGCUGGAGGACGUAUGUGACCUCAGGCAGACAGAUGUCACCAUAUGGACACUCUGGUUUUAGCCUUUGUGUGCUCCCUUUAAUGUUUCUUGCCAGGUGAUGGAUUAGUUUAAGGAUGUCCUCUAGCUCCUUUUUACAACGUUUAAUGAUAUAUUCUAGUAAUGUUUUUUGGUACAAUCACACUGAUCUAUUAAAUGCACACAAACGGGUCUCCAAGUGCUGAGGUUAGGGGAUGUAUGGACAUCAUUCACCACAGGGAUCAAUAGCAGGAUAUCGCAUUAAAGCCAUCUGGCCAGCAUACUAUUAUGUCCUUGCGAUUCUCCUAGAUUGAACCACCGUCCACCUAAAUCCCCUCUUGUUCAUUUUUUUUGUUCCAUCUGUCCUUUUUCCACGUGUAUCAACUUCAGAGCAUCUUAUCCGGCUCCUUCCCCUGUCUCUCUCUCUCUCUCUCUCUCUCUCUCUCUCUCUCUCUCUCUCUUCCACUCUUUUAAUCACUCUGACUUUAAAGUAUCUUUUUGUCAGCUGUGUGUUGUCAUCUUCUGCCUGUACUGUUCCAUCACAUUUAUCUCUCCCUUUAAACCUGGCAGCGCAUCACCUCUUUGAAUCAGCCCAAAAACAUCUGUCCUGCCCUAACAGCUCCAUCUGUGACUCCCUCUGUCCUGUUUAUCCUAUUCCCACGUGCAGCAUCUGCCCCUCUUUGCCUUACUUUCUCCCCUCUUUCUCUCUCUCUCUCUCCCGCUGCCUCCCUCUCCACCUGUGUGGCCAUGCUGGAGCAUAUGUCCCGUCGCUCUCGCUCCCUGCUCUCCCUGACCUUGACCACUCUGGCUCUGGCCCUCUCCAUCCUGGCACUCUGCACCUCUUACUGGUGUGAGGGCACCCACAAGGUGGUCAAACCGCUCUGCCUGUCGCCCGUCAAAAUGAAGAACUGUGGUCAGAACAACAGCGAGCCUUACACCACAGAGAGUCCCACCCAGAACCCCUUCAACCGCACGCUGUCUCCGGCCAGGAGGGACGAGCUGUCCAAGAUCAGACAGAGGCAGCUGGCCAACGCUGUUCAGUACAUCUGGGAGACCGGAGAGGACAAGUUUGCUUUUAGAUACUUCCACACUGGUUUCUGGGAAAGCUGCGAGAAACACAGCGAGGGGGAGAUAUGUCGAAGCUUUAUAGAUUUAACACCUGGAGAAACACAAGGUGUGCUCUGGCUGUCGGUUAUUUCAGAGUUUACGUACAUCGGUCUGCUGGGGAUGGGCUUCCUACUGAUGUGGCUGGAAGUUUUGUGCUGCAAGAAAGAGAUGCACUCGCUAAAAAUCAACGCCUAUGCAGCUAUCUGCACUGUGUUAUCAGGUCUUCUUGGGAUGGUGGCCCAUAUGAUGUUCACAACUGUCUUUCAGAUGACGGUCAUUGUGGGGCCCAAAGACUGGAGGCCUCAGUCUUGGGACUACGGCUGGUCUUUUGCUCUUGCCUGGGUGUCCUUCAGUUGCUGCAUGGGCGCCGCCGUGGUCACGCUCAACUCCUACACAAAGACCAUCAUCGAACUCCGUCGCAAACAGAGGCUCCGUUUAGAGGAAGCAAGAGCCGCCACUCACGCUCCUUCCUACGACGAGGUCGUUCCAGGAGGCGGGCUCUACUCUGUCAGCGGCCUGUUGCAGUGUCCAGACGGCAUGAUGGAUGUGGCGUGGGCCCCGAACGGCAGUGUGGUUGGAGUGGGAAAUGGGGACGUACCAACGCUGGUUUUGGUUGGAGGCUGUGGGCCAGAAGGGUGUGAAGACUGUGAGAGAGAGAUGGAUGAGAUGGACGAGGCCAUGGACCGAGUUGAUUCACCUUGUUAGGGGAUCUUUAAUAUCCAUCAACUUAAAAGGGCUAAAAAAACAGAAAAAGGAAAGACGCUGUUGCCGUGCUGCGGACGGUUCAAUGUGAGCAAACAAUUCCUGUUUUUCUUUUCUUCCACUUUGACUUUCGGUGAAGUUGGGACACAGUGAUUGCACUUGAAGGCCGGUGAAAUCAGUGAACAACAAACUGUGUGAAUAUGUCACACUGACAUGCAAGACUGCAUGUUUUCUGGGUAUUUCUCAGUGCCUCAUGGUUGGAAAGUAAAUGUGUCUCCAUAUGUAAAGGCAUAUAAAUGUUUAUAUUACUUUAUUGUUUAAAUAUUAUCAGGAGCAGAUAUCUCAAUGAUCAUUUCACUGCAUAGACGGGGUGGAUGUUUCUUCUCCUGUCAAACAGAUCAGCCUGUCCUUUAGACUAAGUAUACAAUAUAUUCUCAUUUAUCUGAGUUGGACAUCAACAUGUUUCAAGCUCUUCUUUCUCUUGUGACAAACUUUUGAUGCAUGCAUACCAGUCAGAGGCUACAACAAACACAGCAGUCUCUCUGCAGAUGCACAGACAAACCCAUACGAUAGACACAUAGCGAUAGAAAGAUUACAGAGAUUUUGAAAAGUCUGCUCUCUGAUGUUGAACAGAAGAUUAUGUGUAAACCAGUAAUCCCGAGUUGGAUGGAGAGGAGGAGGAACAGAGUGAGGAGAGAUGGGAAGCAUGUGAAGGGAUGGAGGGGUGGAGGGAGGAGGAGCGGGUUGUGGGGGGGUCAGAUUGAAAGUUGGAAAGAAACGCAGGCACGCACUCCCACAGACUGUGCACACACACACACACACACACACACACACACACACACAUACACACACAUACACACAUAAACAA